AUGCGAAACCCCUUCGAUUUGGAUUUUGAGAGCGUCGACGGAGACUCAGAGCCCGCCCAAGAAUUCGAGAACGAGCCCGAGACCGAGGUCGAGGUCAAUGUGCAACCAGAGCAAACCGACGAUGGGAAUCGCUCGCUACUGCAGGAUGAGGAACGCCGCGGAGACGACCUGAAGGAGCGCUUCAUCGGUACCAUCGACCAGGGUACCACGAGCACUCGCUUCAUUAUUUUCGACUGCACUGGUGUUCCCAUCGCCAAGUACCAGACGGAAUUCCGUCAAAUUCACGAGAAUCCCGGUUGGCACGAACAGGACCCCUAUGAAUUGGUCGAGUCCGUCUUCAUUUGUAUAGAGGAGGCGAUGAAAACUUUCCUCGCCCUGGGCCACUCUCGAUCCGACGUCGAGGCCGUCGGCAUCACCAGCCAACGGGAAACCACUUUGGUCUGGGAUUUGGAGACCGGCGAGCCGCUGCACAAUGCCAUCACCUGGACGGACACGCGGACCAUGAACCUGGUCCGCGAACUGAAGGAGAAACCCGGCGCCGAAGAUCUGGUCAAUAUCUGUGGCUUGCCCCUCUCAACAUACCCCUCCUCGGUCACAUUACGGUGGAUGCUGGACAACCUCCCAGACGUCAAGUCGGCUUAUGAUGACGGCCGAGCCGCCUUCGGAACCGUAGACAGUUGGCUCAUCUAUAAUCUCAAUGGAGGUCCCCAGAACAAGCGUCAUGUCACCGACGUGACCAACGCCUCGCGCACCAUGUUCAUGAACCUCGAAACCCUCAAAUACGACGAUCGCCUCCUGAAAUUCUUCGGCAUCGAUCCCAAGAAGAUCCACCUUCCGGAGAUUCUUCCUUCGGCCGACCGCGAAGGCUUCGGCGAGAUCUGCGAGGGUCCGCUGGAUGGGGUCCGCAUCACCAGCUGUCUGGGUGAUCAGGCGUCAGCCCUGGUCGGCCACUGCGCCUUCACCCCGGGAAUGGCCAAGAAUACUUACGGCACAGGGUGCUUCCUGCUUUACAACGUCGGGGAAAAACCUGUCAUUUCCAAACACGGCUUGCUGGGUACCGUAGGAUUCCAGCUGGGCCGCGAUCGCAAGCCCGUCUAUGCGCUGGAAGGCAGCGUGGCUGUGGCCGGCAGCGGUGUCUCCUUCCUGAUGAACAACUUGGGCUUUUUCCGCGACUCGCGCAAGGUCAGCGAUUUGGCUGCGACCGUACCGGACAACGGAGGCUGUAUAUUCGUGACGGCAUUCAGUGGUCUCUUUGCACCCUACUGGAUUGACGAUGCCAAGGGAACCAUUUGGGGAAUCACCCACCACACACAACGAGGGCAUAUUGCCCGCGCUACCAUGGAAGCCGCAUGCUUCCAAACAAAGGCCAUCCUCGACGCUAUGGAGAUGGACAGUGGAAAGAAACUGACGGAAUUGGCCGUGGAUGGCGGCAUGAGCAAUUCCGACAUUUGCAUGCAGACCCAAUCCGAUAUCAUCCAAAUCCCCAUCGAGCGCCCCGCGAUGCACGAAACAACGGCUUUGGGAGCCGCGAUCGCGGCUGCGUUCGCCAUCGACGUGUGGAAAGACUUUGCGGACCUCAAGUACAUGAACCGCGCCAACCGCGCCACCUUUAACCCCAAAAUCUCCACCAAAGCUAGCGCCCGCAUGUACAAGCAGUGGUCCAAGGCAGUGGAGAUGUCACGCGGCUGGAUGGAACCAAAUGAGAGCGAUGACGAGAGCAACGAAUAA